CCCAUAGUGACGGAAGCGGAAGUGCGCUCCUCUAACUCACUCACUCACUCACUCAGUCACUGCAUCUGUAAACACUUUACUUUUACAACAUUUGGGUUAUAAACCGAACCUCGCUUCUGGUCGACGUAUGUUCGAGGCCUGUGAGAUGUUGCUCGACGAGACGCCACUCUUUGACCCUUCUGUCCUCCAGGAGUUGGACUGGAACAGCAGCAAGGUGUCCUUCUCUCCACCCAUCUCACCCUUACAGCCUGGAGAUGGACUUGUUCUUCGUCCUCUCCGCCCUGCUGACUUGGACAGAGGGCUGUAUAAGGUACUGUCGCAGCUCACACAUGCAGGAGACGUCACAAAAGAGCAGUUCAGAGCAAAUUUUGAACACAUGAAGAAAACGGGUGACUAUUAUGUCAUCGUGGUCGAGGACACAAACCUAGGACAGAUUGUUGCCACGGCGACGCUCAUCGUCGAGCACAAAUUCAUCCAUGCAUGUGCAAAGCGAGGGCGUGUCGAGGAAGUGGUGGUCAGUGAUGUCUGCCGAGGGAAACAGUUGGGAAAACUACUCGUCGCAACGUUGACUCUGCUCAGCAAAAAACUGCAGUGCUACAAGAUCACGCUGGAGUGCUCACAGAAAAACGUGGAAUUCUACAAGAAGUUGGGUUACACGCCCUCAGAGGAGACCUACAUGCAGUGCCGCUUCUUCGAGUGAGUCCUUCAGGGCCGUGACGGAGCGUGCAGCUCACAGUGACGAGACUUGCCGGUAGUCUGGGACAAAUUAAAUAAAGAAAAAAAUGUAUAAAAAUCGAAUUCUACAGCAUGAUGAAGGAUUGCGGAUUGGAAAGUAGAAAAUGAAGUAACGGUUGCUUUUACUCUCAGGUGUUCUCUUCACUUGUUAGUCCAUUUAUGCUGGAAGAUAUCUUAAAGAAGAAGGUACUUGAAUAUUUACUUUAAAAAAAACAACAAAAAAAAAAAAACAGAGGUAUACUUUUCUAUUCUAUACAGUAAUUUAUAUUUUAUGUAUAAUAAAAAUUACCAAAAUAUUCUGUCGGGGAAUGAAGAGUCAAAGCUGGGUUACAAAUUCUCAGUAUAGUUUCCUAUCGCUCUUAAUCUUUAGUUUUUUAUUAUUACAGUGAUCAUUUUCUUUGGGUUCAUGAUCACACUGCUCUUGUACGCGCUGAACGUGUAUGUUGUCAUAUACUGAGCAUCAGUACACGUCUAGGAAUUUUCUUUUAUUAUUUAUUAGCAGAAUGUAUACCAGAGAAAGCUGCAAAUAAACCAAUCAGAUAACGCUACACUACUUAUAUUUUUAUAUCAAGUGUACAAAACUAAUGUACAAGCUCUUAAAGGGAAAAAGGGUAAAAUAUGUUGUUGGUUUUUUUUUUAAAUCCAAUUAAAUGGAUUUUUUUCUGUUUACAUGCAUUAUUUCCUCUUCACACCACUGUACAGAAAGUUACAGAAUUUUAAUCGCAUUUAAAAUAAAACUUCUCAAAUUCUGA